AUGGAAGCCAUCGGUAGAAUGUUGGAUAAGGCUGUCCAUGAAGGUCGUUUGUCAGGUUUUAGUGUAGGUGUUUCUGUUGGAAGAUCUUUGAUGGUUUCCCAUCUCCUUUUCACUGAUGAUACUUUAAUUUUUUGUGAUACUAAUAUUGAUCAAAUCCUGAUUCUCUGUAUGGUGCUCAUUUGGUUUGAGGCCGUGUCUGGUCUGAAGGUAAAUUUGGGUAAUUCUGAGCUGGUGGCUGUGGGAGCAGUUCAUAACAUGGAUCUUUUGGUGGCUGUCUCAGGAUGCAAGCAAGGGUCUCUCCCAAUGAAAUAUUUGGGUAUUCCUUUAAGGGUAAAAUUUAAGGACAAGUCAAUUUGGAAUCCAAUUCUAGAGAAGAUGGAAAGAAAAUUAGCAGUGGUCAACCGAAUUGCUAGACUUCAGCGGGACUUUCUGUGGGGUGGCCUAGGAGAUGAGCCCAACUUCCAUCUGGUUGAUUGGUUUACGGUGUGUACUCCGCUUUCUUCAAGUGGGUUGGGGAUUAAGAACCUGAGAACUUUCAAUGUAGCCUUAUUAAGGAAGUGGUUAUGGAGAUUUGGGCAAGAAAGGGAUGCUCCAUGGCGUCAAAUGAUAGAGGUGAACUUACAGCUAUUCACAAAACUUCCAAGAGGUUCUAAUGGGACAGACAUCCAAGAGAUUACCUACAAGAUCAACAAGUGGAAGGUUGGGAUGGAGGUUUGA